UUUUACUUUUUUCCACGACGAACUACAAAUCUUGCUCCCUUUCGGUCCGGUUCCUAUUUUUUACGGCUCUUUUCUUUCCGAAAUCAAAGUCUGUAGCAGCAGUCAAGCAAGCUGACAUAAUUAAUGCCAUUUUAAUGAUAAGAAGAAGUCAAUUAGCCUUCAAUUACAUCUUAAUUUCAACCAAACCAAGUAUAACUAGUCUACCAAAGCAGCAGGCACCAACUUUGAAGUUGAGUUUCAGCCUAAACUAAAAUCAUCUGCUUCCUUCACUUUCUCGCUCUAAAACAAGGCUGCGUGUUGCGUGAGUUCAGAAGCGUUUGCAUCAAAUGUUUGAUGAACUUCUGCUUUCGGGCGUUGUAGUGAGUUCAGAAGCACUUGCAUCAAAUGUUUGAUGAACUGCUUCUUUCGGGUGUUGUAGUGAGUUUGGAAGCACUUGCAUCUAUUGUUUGUGGUAUUGCCAAGAGUCGAAACUGUUUGUUUGUUACUUUGAGUGCUGCUGAUAUAAAGUGUUAGGACUUUCUGAAUUUGGUUGGAAUACCUAAAUGAGUUUGUUGAAGGGGUCGAAUUUUUACUUGUAGUUAUCCUGGUUCCGCGGAGUUCAUUGGUAUGUAGGCUCACCAUUAAUGAGCAGAGAUGAAGAAAUGGUAUGGUGGUGUUCUGACAGCAUCUUUGUUGAUGUUAUUUGUUCUUGGAUACUAUAUUAUUAGAAAUCCUAUAAAUGAGAACUACUUCACUAGUCCCGUGAUUUUCAAUGGGACAAAUCCUCUGGAGUGGAUAAGUGCAGGUAGUCCUCCGGCAAUCCCCAAUCCAGAGAAAACUUCUCAAGUCUUCUCUGCUGAAGCUAUUGUGGCUAAUUUAUUUGCUCAAAGGAACUUGUCAAAAGAAGAAAAGACUUCUUUUUACACAUGGAACCGUUUGAAACCCCUGGUUAUGCAUGCGGAGGUCUUACCUAAUGCUGUUGAAGCUAUCAAAGAAGCUGGUGUAGCUUGGAAAAACUUGAUUGCUUCAGUUGAAGAAGAAAAGUUGCAGACUAAUGGAAGUUUACUGAAGAGAGGGAAAGAGAAACAGUGUCCUCAUUUUCUUAGUAAAAUGAAUGCCUCGGAACUUGAUGAUAAUGGAUUUAAGUUGCGUGUACCUUGUGGCUUGACUCAAGGCUCGUCAAUCACAUUGAUAGGCAUUCCUACUGGCCUUCUUGGUAAUUUCCGAAUAGACCUGACUGGUGAACCUCUCCCAGGCGAGCCAGAUCCUCCUGUUAUUUUGCACUACAAUGUUAGGCUCCAUGGUGAUAAAAUAACUGAGGAUCCUGUAAUUGUCCAAAACACCUGGACAAUUGCACAUGACUGGGGUGACGAAGAGCGCUGUCCAAUUCCAGAUGAGGGAAAAAGUAAAAAAGUGGAUGAGCUGGACCAGUGCAACGAGCAUUUGGGUCAAGAGAAUAACCAUACAGUCAAAGCUAACCGGUAUACUGAUGGAUCGAUUUCUUUGGUGCAUGAUGGAAAACCUAGAAAAUACUUUCCUUUUAAGCAAAAUGAUUUAUUUGUUGCUACACUGAGAGUUGGUUCAGAAGGAAUCCAAAUGACAGUGGAUGGAAAGCACAUAACUUCGUUUGCUUUCCGUGAAACGUUGGAACCGUGGCUUGUUAAUGAAGUACGGAUUUCUGGGGAUAUAAAUUUAAUUUCUGUUGUUUCCAGUGGUUUGCCAACAUCAGAGGACUUGGAACAUAUUAUAGACUUGGAAGAGCUUAAAGCUGUUCCAAUACCUCCUCGAAAACAGCUUAAUCUCUUUGUUGGGAUUUUCUCCACUGCAAAUAAUUUCAAGCGUCGGAUGGCGAUAAGAAGAUCCUGGAUGCAGUAUCCCGAAGUACGAUCAGGACAGGUUGCUGUCCGUUUCUUUGUUGGACUGCAUAAAAACCAAAUGGUGAAUGAGGAGCUCUGGAAUGAAGCACGCACCUAUCAGGACAUCCAAUUGAUGCCUUUUAUGGACUACUACAGUUUGAUUACGUGGAAGACCAUAGCCAUCUGCAUCUUUGGGACCGAGGUUGUUUCAGCUAAGUUUAUAAUGAAGACAGAUGAUGAUGCAUUUGUUCGUAUAGAUGAAAUCUCGAACUCUCUAGAGAGCACCAAUGUGACUCGUGGUUUGCUCUAUGGCCUCAUCAAUUCAGACUCACAGCCUCAUCGGAAUCCAGACAGCAAGUGGUACAUCAGCCCUGAGGAAUGGCAAGAGGAAACAUAUCCACCUUUUGCCAAUGGUCCUGGUUAUAUUGUGUCAAAUGAUAUAGCAAGGACAGUAAGCAAGAAACAUCGGAAGGGGCGGCUGAAGAUAUUCAAACUAGAAGAUGUUGCCAUGGGAAUCUGGAUCUCGGAAAUGAAGAAGAACGGGAUGGAGGUGACUUACCAUAAGGACGAGAGGAUCAUCAAUGACGGUUGCAGGGAUGGCUAUGUUGUUGCACAUUACCAAGGCCCCAGAGAGCUGCUCUGUUUGUGGCAGAAGAUUCAAGAGAAAAAACGCCCCGUUUGCUGCGGCGAAUAACUGAAUGACAACAGGUGUAGAUGAUAAUUGUUCUAGGAGAAGCGAUCAUAUGAGUAUAAUAUAUAUAGUCCUAUUGUUACUGUCCUUGUUUUGGACAACGGCGGAGAGAUUGAGAUUUGUAUCAUAUGUAUAUAUAUGUCGAUCAUAUUUUUGGCUGAGUGAGAAACAGGAUACCAUCAAUUGCUUAUUAAUUUAACGCUUAAUUUCUCCUCA